AUGCCCGACGACCUACCAAAAAUUCCUCGGUUUCGAGGGAAAAGAAACCAGCCUAAAGAAAGUGCUUGGCGGCAGCAACGUCUUCCUUCAUAUCGACCAGUGAUCAGUGCACGGAAUUCACUGCCAUUUACAGUUGUUACUGGCGUGAUAUUUAUUGCAGUCGGGGUCCUGCUCAAGAUUGCUUCUGACUCCUCCUUGGAGUUGGUCAUUAAAUACACCAAUUGCACCACCACCGUUGGUAAUUCAACUGAAGAGAAUUCGGAUUUCUCCUAUCCAGAUGGAACAGCUCAAUGUCAUCUCACGUUUGCGAUUACUGAGAAUUACACCGGAGAUAUAAGAUUCUAUUAUGGUCUUCGAGAGUUCUAUCAAAAUAAUCGGUUAUACGUUGAGUCGAGGAAUGAUGUCCAACUUCUCGGUAAACUGGAUCAGGUUGAUGGCUGCAAACCUUUGGAUCGCGUGCAAGGCACCAAUUUUACGUAUGCACCAUGUGGAUUUGUAGCAAAUUCAAUGUUUAACGAUAGUUUCCAGCUGGUCUUUCAUGGGAGCCAUGGUGGCGACAUUGUGGUACCAUUCACAACUAGGAACAUGCUCCCUGAUAGAGUCAAGAAGAGGAAAUAUCGCAAUCCAAAGCCUGAAGGAAAUGGAACUCUCUGUGACGCUUUUGCGAACACAGUUCGACCGCCAUGGUGGCAGACGGACAUCUGCAAACUCGGCGCUAAUGUGCAAGGUAUCGGUGUCGGUUUCGAAAACAUCGACUUUAUGAUAUGGAUGAAAACCGCUGCACUGCCACAUUUUCGGAAAUUGUACAGAAUGUUAGAUAGAGAAGUAGACGGCUUCCGCGAUGGUCUUCCAAACGGCAUGUACACACUCGUCAUAAAUUACAAUUACCCUGCCACAUGGAAGGGAGCCGAAAAAUCCUUUAUAAUCACUCGUGAGAGCUGGAUGGGACCUCGAAAAGAAUUCUUAGCAUUCCUUUACAUUGCAGUUGGAGUGUUUUUGCUCUUAGUUAGCAUUUUGUUUCUGGGAAUUCAUAUUAGGCAACGAAUACUUGAAAGCCGAGCACAAGCUUAG